AUGACUUAAUGGCUGGCAACAACAGGAUAACAAUACAGGCCUUAGGAAAAACAAAAUGUACCAUUCUCAGUAACCCUGCCUGUUCAAACUCAUAAUUAAAUGCAAAAUGGAACUCCAAGAAGAAGCUAAGUUUAAUCUUUGCAAAAUCCUCUAUUGAACAGAUAGUAGUCAAAUUAGCCAGGCUCAAAUCAUCACAUUCCUCAUCUAUAAUCUAAUUAAUAAUUGUCCCAUUAACAUUCUAGUUAGCCAAUUAAUAGCCAACAUGAGAUCAAUAGUCAAUAAUUGUUACAUUAAAAUAAUUCAAAAUAAGGAUUAGAAUAAAGUGAUUUAUAACAAAAAAGCUUUGAGGGUAGUUAGCAUGAAGCGGAACAUCAUUUUGAUCAAGAACCUAAAUUUGGUUCUGGUGAUCAGUUAAGUCCUUCUCCAAUUGUUGCUGAUCCAAAGAAAUAAGCACAUCCAUUUUAAAAAUAAUAAUCUGUUUUAACAUAAAAAUUUUAACCCUAAAGCAAUAAUAAUAAAUCAUUUAAGAAAUCCUCUACUUAAGCCAAUCCAAUGUAUUUGCAGCCGGUUACAAUGAAAUAAGUAUAGCCAUAACCAUAGAUUAUGUUUAAUAAUACUCCAAGAGAAUAAUCAAUAUAAUAAAUGAAAUCAUCUUAAGUUAACUCUGUCCAAUAAAGUUAAUAAGGAUAGAUGCAUUCAAGAGAUGAGUAGGAUAUUCAAGAUCAUUAAUUAAUAAAAAGGAGUUCUUUAACAGAGAGUAAAGAAUAAUUAAUAAAAUAAUAAUAAUAAUCAUAAUAACAAUAAUAACAAUAAUAAUAAUAAUAGCAACAACAACAAUAAUAAUAAUAAUAAUAAUAAUAAUAAUAACAAAAUUUAUCUUAAAUACAUUAAGCAUAAUAAUAAGAUUAAAAUCAUUAAUCCUAAUUUAAUUCUUAGAAAAAUCACAAAGUGAUACCAAAAAAUAAAGAUUAAAAGUCUAGAGUUUAAAAAAAGAUAAAUACUUGCUAUUUGUUUAAACAUUUAAAUGAUCAAUAAAAAGAAAUUGUUGCUAAUGCUAUGGAAGAAAAGAAAUAUAAAGCAACUGAGACUAUAAUAAAGCAAGGAGAUGAUGGGGAUUAGUUAUUUUUAGUUGAUCAGGGUCUUUUAGAUUGCUAAAAGCGAGGUAAAUAAAUUGAAGACAAAAUUAUUAAAUCUUAUCAACCUGGAGAUUUUUUUGGUGAAAUGGCCUUACUAUACAAUGAAAAAAGAGCUGCCACAAUAAUAGCCUUUACGGAGUGUGUAUUGUGGGCAUUAGACAAGGAAACAUUUGAUACUUUUAUCAAAUAACCUGUUUUAGAAAAACGUUAGAAAUAUGAUGGUAUUUUGCAAAGAUUUCCCAUUUUAUAAUAAAUUGACCCAUACCUUAGACAAUAAAUUGCAGAUGCUUUAUAUGUGGUCAGUUUCAAAGCAGAUGAAGUAGUGUUUAAGUAGAAGGAUAAAGGAGAUUAUUUUUAUUUAAUACAAGAGGGUUAGUUGAAAGCAUUAAAAAAAGGAGAUGAAGAUGAGGAUGAAGAAUAAUGCGUAUUUGAAUUUGGAGAAUUUGAUUAUUUUGGGGAAUUGGCUAUGUUAAAAGAGAUAAACAGAUAGGCUACUAUAGUUUGUGAAACUGAUUGCAUCCUCUUAGGAUUGGAUAAAUAGUCAUUUACUAAAUUAUUAGCACCUAUCCAUGAUGUUAUAAAACAAGGAACAGGAAGAUAUCUAAACUUUAGUUUCAAUUGA